AUGGCUGAAAGCGUCGCGGUCGCGUUGCGGCUCGAAGCAAGUAAUCAGCAGCCAGUUUGGGUGUAUUCCUAUGCAAUUGAGCGCAACUCGUUUCGGGUCGGCCGCAACUUCAUAUUCCUUUUAAAUUAGGGCUAUCGAUUUUUUUAUUGAUUUUAACAGAGCAUCUACUACUAAAUUCGACAUAAAACUUCAAUUUUUCCUCAUCAAAGCUUUUUUUAAAGAUAAAAUGAACAGUCUACGAAAAUAUGAAUUUUCAGUAGUUUUUUGAACAUUUUUUCCAAUUUUUUCAUUUUCCCUACUUUUAUUCCGUCAAUUUAGUACUUUUAUGUGAGAAAUAACACUCCAAAAAAAUUUGAAUUUCCUAUAUUUUCAAAAAUAUGAAGAUUUUGAUCAAAAAUCAAGUAUUCGAUACAGCUAUAUCCGUCAAAUCCAAGCCAAAAAAGGUCAAUUUUUUCACUUUUUGGUCUAAUUUCCUUGUUAUUUCCUGUCCUCAGAAGGUUCCAGCAAACUUUUUCAAACGGAAGAACCGUCUCUUUUUCUCUCACCUUUCUUCGCCACUUUUUUGCGUCCCUUUUGUUGUUUUUUGCGCCGUGUUGGCGCGCGUGGCUUGUCAUUCUCCGUCUUUCUUGUCCGAUUUUGUUGGUUCUAUUUGAAUUUUUGUUGAUUCUCCUAUUGAUUUUUUGUAGUUCCAGUUGUGUAGAGCUACUCUUUUUCUGCUUGGUUUAUUUUAGGGUCCUGUAAAUUGAUAAAAAUCUGAAAAAUGUAGGAAAAAAGGUUGAAAAGUCGAGUUUUGGCUCUUUUUUGAAUACGAUGAUCAAGCUACUUGAAUUUUAUUCAUGUGAAAAGCUUCUUUUUUCAAUUUUUGGUUGGUUUUCAAGGUUCGUGAAAUUUCGAAAAGGUGAAAUUUCUAUUCAAAAAAAGUUUCAGUUCUUUUUUCCAGCUUUAAGCUUGGAUGCUUCAAAUUUUAGUGAAGAUUAUUAGAUUUUUUUCAAACUUUUUCUAAUCAUUUUGAACCAUUAGAAGCCUUUUUCUCAAAUUUUUUUAUCGCAUCCCAUGUUUUUUUAUACCAUUUUUGAACUUUUUUUAUGAAUUUCUUCUCUAAUUUUUUUGUUUCGAUAUACUGCAGAACCUUCUGAAACAUGUAGUUGUAGAAAAAAGACGGAAAACUUCAAUUUCCCGCGACAAAAUUGGGAUUCCAGGAGAUUUAUGGCUUUUAAUCUUGAUGUUGGAUUAGUUCUCCAAAAGGAAUCGAUCUGAAAAAGAAAACUAUUUCUGGCUGCAUUUUUAUAGUGGCUUACAAAGAAUUGAAGUUUUCCUAUUUUAUUCAUUUUUUUGGAUUUUAUCAUGUUGAAAUUGACUCUACUAAAGCUACAAUAAAUUAUAUUUUUCCCGGCAUAAGAAUCCCAUAUGAACUUGAAGAGAUCCGGUUCAAUUUUUUUCGCUUCAAAUGAGGAAAAAAGAGCAAUUAUUCACCUAUUUCGCAACACAAAAAUUUGAAUUUCCCUCCUGAAUGGUUGCCCUUGACGACUUAUGUAAUUUCGCCAUCCGUAUGCAAAAAAGUCUUCUUUUUCUUUUUUUCUCUCAAAAUUCAGAUAGUUUCUGAUUUUUAAAACACAUUUUUGAGAAUUCAGGAUUUUUUGAAUAUUCUGUCACUUUUUGGUGAGGCUACAGUUGCGUCAAAAAAAAAAAUAAAGAUUUCUGAUUUUUGCAAAAUUUCAGUUGAUAUUCUUCAUUUUCGGACUUUAUUCAUUUCCUUGUUUCUCUUUUUAUAGAUCCAUUUUUGCUGAACUUUUCCUGAGUUUGAUACGUAGAAACACUCCUUGUAGACGAGUACUGUCGGAGGUGUUACUGUUGAAAAGGCAACGGCGCCGUGGACGGUCCCAACCGGCGCCACGGCGCCACAGCCGCCGUCGCUGGUUUUCCGAUGAUCCGACGUGUCACUUCGGCUCCCAGCCUUUCCUCGUCCUGGCCAAUUCUGAUUUGUGUGGGUCGACUGGACUUUCAAUCAAUCAAUCAAUCAACUUAUUGGUUGUUUUAGUCAGAUGGAAUCGACUAGGCGGUGAAAAAAUUGCUCUUUUGAGCGGCACUAACACCGCCUUUGGCGAAAAAAGAAGUCAAAGCGUGUAGUUGAUUUUUAUUCUUUAACUAGAAAAUUCAGAACGAUUCUGAUCCCUUUAGUGAUCACUUGAGAGGUCUUAAAGCUAAUCAUUUCUUGGCUGUAGACAGAUGGAUAAAGAAAAAUGAAAAAAGCGCCAAAUAUCCUCCACGACUUUCCAAUACUUUAAGGGAUCACUUAAGUAGUAUUUAAGACUCCUUGAGGGCUUACUUAUAGCAGCUAUACAUUUCUAAUAUUUGUCAUAGGGUGUAUGAAAGCGUGAGAGUCGAAAAACUCAGAUGCUCUUCACGUGUUUUUAAUUCUUGAAGGGAUCACUUGAGUGGCCUUAGCGCUUCUUAAGGGCUCGCUCAAAAAUCUAAUCAUGUCUAUUAAUCCUCAGUGCACGGGAGGCUUGGGAGUUUAGGAUAGAAAAAAACUAUUUGCCCAAAUUUAUUUUUGUGAAAAGAAGGAUUUUUAGUGACUUUUUCACGUUAGAUAGGAGAAUGAGCUGAUUGGGGGCUUCCAAAAAUCAGGAAAAAAUCAAACCACUACAAAAAUCCUCUCAUAGGUUACAAGGCAGAUGAAAGAUUAUAACAACUCAUGGACCAAUUUAAUUUUUCAGAUGUGAUAUCGGGUCUCUCCUUGCACUCGGUUGACCUCGAGGACGUUCCCGAGGCGAUGAGUCCGAUCCUUGGCCGAAGCGGCGCCGACAGCACCAGUAACAGUGGUGGAGCUCCGCAGAGCCGACGUAAAAGCGCUGGUGAGGGUCUCGGGAAGGAAAAAAAAAUAGUAAAUAGCUCCAAAAGUGUGAAAAAUUUGAAGAAAAAGCUUGAGGUGGAGGUUGAGGUCUGUCCUUUUCGAAAAGUGGUCUAGGCUAGGAAUCUAGGAUAUUUUGAAGAGACUAGGCUGACCAGAGAGUACAAAGGUUCUGAAUUUUUUCGCUAUCUUCCACAGUCCCUGAUUCCAGGAAGCUCGUGCUCCUCGGUGACUGGAGACUCUGAGGUCAGCCAGUACCGAGGCAUCGGCGCCUCCAGCGAAGGCCUCCCAGUGGCGAUCGGAGCCAUCGAUGGCGUCACUGCGGGAAGAGCCGCCGCCCUGGCGACUCUCAUCAGAAUCGUCUCCUCGAAAACGUCUCAGGAACGAAUUCCACCGGCACAACUCGCCAAUUUCUACGCCACCUUGUUCCAGGCCCUCGUUGAGGUGAAACUCGCCUUUUCCAUACUUUUAUACGGAAUAAGAAUCUGAAAGCGCUUAUUUGGCUUCAGCGUUAUCGCAUAUUUUGGCGAUAUCGCUCCCUUAAUCCCUUAUAAAACCCUUUAGGGAUCUCUUUAAAUAUAAUAUUUUGAACACCUUAACAGCGUUUAGAAACGACUGAAAUGUCAAAAUAAUCAGGUCAGCUCUCAAAAAUUUUGAAAAAUCUAAAAAAAUUAGAAUUUUCAAAGUUUUCAACAGUCUUACAGAAUUAGAAAGCAGGUUUUCCGCUCAAUUAUAGUAUUUUUUUCGGAUUUUUGGAGGUUUCCAGUUUCCUAGGGUCCCUUACUGAAAUUCUGUGUUUUUUAUUGUCUUUUUUUAUCACGAAAUGUUAUAUUUUGGCUGGUUUCUAAGAAAAAUCAAUGAUAUGUGAAGUAUUAUUCAACCUCAAAUCAGCGAAAAUUUGCUACAAGGGAGUUUUUUUGAGGUACAAAAGUAAUAACUCUAAUCUUGGUAACGCGAACGUUUGUGAGCGUUUCUAGUGACCACUUUAGCGACGUCAGAACUCUUAAGUGAUCCCUAGAUCUUCUCGGAAACAUCCGGGAGUGCGUCCGGUUUUCUGUUACAGAUCUCGUCUCAUUUUUCAUGUACUUGCUAGUCAUGUAGGAGUUCUUACAGAUCGUUUACCGGAAAUUUCUGAAGUUGAAAAAACAAAACUGUUCAGAAAGACCGACUGAUCCUGUGCACAUUGUUCUACUACGGCCGGAACCUGUUCCGAUUGGGAUUACCUGGAAUCGAAGCCCUUCUACCGCACUUUCUAUUCGCUCUCGACAUAAUUCUGAUCGAAAGCUCCAAACUUCGGCUUCAUCCCUCGAUUUCGGAAGUCGAGAUGAGAAGGGCCUGCCUCAGGGCUCUUUCUUCCGUCGUCUGCUGGCCCACGACCUUUGGAAUGAGCAAGAUCUCCCGUGAGCCUUUUUAGGAGUUCUAUAGAGGAAAAUCAUGGAAACGUUCCAAAAAGGGCUUUGAAAAAGAGCAGGAGCUAGGUUUUCGAGGUGAAGAAGUAGGAGCAAAAAAAUUUAAAGUUGCAGAUUUAAAAAAUAAUAAUAGGAACAUCCAUAAAGAAACACAGGUUUUUGAAGGUUUGGAGCUUUUUCUUCAAGUUCUAACCUUCUUAAAAUUCGAAAAAGAGAUCAAAUGGGAGGGUGCGCUAAUUUGAGGGAGAGUGCACUUUGACAACAUGUUUUAUCUGCUUUUUUUCCGCUUAUUUUUGGAAUAUGCUGAGUUACAAAUUCAAAAACUGUAAGUAUUACUAGGGUUCUCUGAAGAUUUAGAGCUUUUUCUCAAGUUGAAAGUUUUUUUUUGAGAAGGUUGAGGUGGGGGUGCGCGAUUUUUUUCAGGAGAAGGACAGUGUGACGACUUUUUGAAGUCCAAGUUGCAAGUUCAAAAACCGUGAGUAAUACUGGGAUGAAUAAAUAAAAACAAUAGAAGAGUUUUUUUCAGAAUAUUUAGUUUUUAUUCUCAAGUAGAAAAAUUGGUUUUUAAAAAGCUGGAGGGGGUGCGCGAUUUUUCGGGGAAGGGCAUUGUUCCGGUUUUACGAAUUUUUCUAAGUAACAAGUUCAAUAAAUCGUAAGUAUUAUUUAUAUUUACAGCUUUUUCUUGAGUUCAAAGUUGGUUUUUAAGAAGCUUGAAAGGGGGAGGGGGUGCGCGAUUUUCCGGGGAAGUGCACUGUGACGGCUUUUUCGAAAUUUUUCUCGUUUUCAUGCCGAAAGUUUGUGAAAUUUCUAGUUUUAGGGUUGGGUUACGGUUUCAGAAAUGGAGAUUUAGGUAUGGAGAAGAGGAGGUUAGGGGGGGGGGUGGUUUAAUCCUGUUUAAGUGAGUACCUAGAACUCUUUGUUUUGAAUUAAUUUUCUUCAGAAGUCGCCGACGCCGCCGGCCUCAAAUCUAACGCUGCCACUUAUUUGCAUCUCCGGGCGAGAAUCUACAAAACCUUGGUUUUCAGCCUCCGAAAUGAAACCGAUCCCACCAAUUUGCACAUCGCUUUGGGUAAAUUUUGUAGGAUUUUUCGAAAUUUCGACCUUUUUCAGCUCUGUGCACUGUUUUGCUGGAGGAAAGCUGCUCGUUCGACUUGGGCCUCAAUGAGGAACAAACCAAGGAUUUGAUCCGGAUCACGACGGCCACUAGCAGUGCUGGCAUCCCGGAGAAAGGUGGAGAAAAAAAACAAAAGAGUUUUUAGAGUAUAUUUGAUUUUUUCUUGGCUCCACGGGAUGCCACAUUUACAGGAAAAGCGGUUAGAAAAUUAAUCUGAAGAAGAAGUUUUUUUCGGAAGUUCACGGCGUUCCCAAACGGCGUGGGGAGACGUCAAAAAAUUUUCAGCGCGAAAUUGGGAAUCUCAAGUACGCAGCCAAAUGUUAUCUUCAUACCGUUGAAUACUCAGUUUAAUUUGCAACGAUAGCUGUGACGUCACAGUCCUUUUAUCCGAGGCGCGCACUUACUUUUUUUGUAAAUUCAGAAACUUUGACGUCUCGCGCACCUUCCCUCACCCCAUUAGAAAUGCCGUGGUACUUCCAAGUCCCCUGAUUCAAAAGCAAGGAGAAAUUUUUACUCCGUCUGCCUUUUAACGAAAUUAAGGACCCUCGAAUUUCGCAAGUAAGAAAAGGCUUCGCAGGCAAGAGCUAAUAAGACGCGCGAAGUGGCCCCUGGUUGAAACUGGCGGUGUGGUGUAGUGGUUAGCACCAUUGCAAGGUGCAACCUGUGAUCCGGGUUCGAAUCCUUUUCGGGGAAAUUUUUUUUUUGCAAUUUUUAGAUUGAUGAAUUCGCAUAGAUACCAUCAUUUUUUGUCGUUUUCUGUAGUUCCGACACCUUUUUUGGCAAGAAAAAGUCGUAAAUGGAUCUUUUUGAGAAUUUGAGUUCUUGAGGAAGUUUUGCAGGCUGAACUUAUAAGAUCAUAAUUUGGCACAUCCGGAAGUAUUCUGGCCGAUGUUUAGAAGAUUUGAGAGAAAAAUUAAAUGAAUUACCUUGUCGGCAGACUCAAAAAACUCGUAAUUUUCAGGCCUAUGUGCUUCGUUUGUACGUGGAAUCGUCUCGGCGGUCUGCGACCGGAUUUGUCGGCCGGAAUGGGCCGCGGAUCAUUCCAUUUCCCUGGCUGUGAUCGAUGUUUUGAAUUCCUUGUCUCAAGUUCAUCACACAGUUCUUUUUACCAACAGUUCGUUUUUUUUUCAAUUUCGAAACAUUCUAGGCUAAAAAACGGCCAAAAAUGGAAAAAAAUAUUUAAUUUUAUGUACUUUUCGGUGCCAGAAAGGUGGGAAAUCUUUUAGAACUACUGAAGGAUUUUCUAGGGUCCCUAUAGGGCUUUGUUGUUCUAGGGAGCCCUGUAGGGGACAAUUGUACUGUUUGUUUUUGGUGCUGAAAAAGCUGGGAAAAACUUUCGAUAACACUGCUCGAUUUUGAUAAAAUCGUAAAAAUGGAAAGAAAACAGACCUUAAAAAUUAUUGAAAAUGAAUACUUCUUCAGAAGACGUUUCAACCGGAUCUCUGAUCGUUGCUUCUCUGUGCCGAUUCAUUGAAGUACAGCUGAAUAAACCGCCGCCAAUGCAUUCCAAGGACUUGCACUCGACUGUUAGUGAGAAAAAAAUAAUGAAGACAAAAAACGAUUAGCAAAAAUGUAGAGAAAAAGUUACCUGAGUUUGAAUAAAAUCAUGCGAAAUAAUCAAAAUUUGAAAUAUCGAAGAAAAAAAUACAACUGAAAAUUUGGAAAAAGUGAAAGCUAUGAAAUUUGAAAAAAGGUUACGGUAGCUAGAGAAGUGUGCAUACACUUAGUGCACACGAUGCGCGUGAAAUGACGCCAAAUCCUUCUUUUUUCCGUUUGAGUCGGUUUUUUCGCAGCUUUUGUAAUUUUUACUUUCAUUUUUGCUUUUUGAAUCAGUGUUUGCAUUAAAAAGACGGUUAAUUUGAGUUAAUUUUGUCUUUCUUACGCGGAAACGAUGAUUUUCUCUAAAAAGUAUGUUUUCAGCUUUUUUCCUUUUUUUUUUCCGAGCCAUUUAUUGCUUAUUCUGGUAACCAUUGCAUUUCAUAGUUUUUUUUUAAAGAUUUUGUUUAUUUGAAUCGCUUUUUUGAUAAUAGUUUUUAGAAGAUUUUUAGUGUAGAAAGUGAAAAAUAUAAUCCUUGAAUUUUCCACUUUUAUCAAAGUUUAAUGAAGUUUUAUGCAGUGGAAAAUAGUUUAUUUCAUGUGAUUUUUAUCCAGGUAGUCGCUGCCUACAAUGCGAUUGCGGUUUGGCUUUGUGCAGCGCCGAUUCUGGCCGAAUGCGAAAGUGUCCUGAACACGAUCUCCGAAGCGAUUCAACUCGGGGUGACUGGCUCGAAAAACACCAAGAAGGUUGCUUUAUCGAGAAAAAAAAAAGAAGGACUUGCUAUUUUUCAGAGCUCAAACGAGGAGCCGAAAAAGGCGGCCAGUGCCCGGGUUUUGGAGGCCGCCGAGUACUUGAUGUACUCACUUUUCAGUGUCGUGGUUCGUUUUUUUGGCUGGUUUUGACUAAGAGAAUGGGAAUAUCUACUUGAAACUUAUAGAACAGUGUAAUUUUAUCUUGAGAACGUAAAAGAAGAUUUUUAGAACAAAAGCGAAACUGUUCAUUUUUCCUGUUCUCUGAGUGUGGUUUCCUGAUAUUCAAAAAUUAAUUUAGCUGUCGAAAACGAUCUCCUUCUUGAUUUUGUCUUUUCGAUCAGAAUAUUAUAGAAAAUUUGAAAUUCAGAAGAGUUGAAUAUGUUCUGAAAAAGUUCAUCAAAGGGUCAAAAAUCAUAGGUUUUCAGGGAAGUUAAACUAGAAUUUUUGAGGAAUUCAUCAUUUUAUCAUUUUACUCGGAAAAGUUCACUUAAGAGUCGAAAAAUCAUAAUUUUAAGAUUUUCAAACCUUAAUUUCACAAAGAAUUUAUCAUUUUUAUCAUUCAUACACCAAGAAAAGUACAUCGAAAAUUCAAAAAUCAUAGGUUUUUAGGAGGUUGAACUUGAAUUUUACGAAAAAUUGAUCAUUUUAUCCUUUUACUACGGAAAAAGUACAUCAACGAUUCAGAAAUCAUAGGUUUUUAGGAAGUUAAACUUAAAUUUCAUAAGGAAUUCAUCUUUUAUAUAAUUUUUACUGUGGAAAAAUUCCAUUCAAUGGUCAAAAUCCAUAGGUUUUCACGAUGAUGAACUCGAAUUUCACGGAAAAAUGUAUCGAUUUCAUCAUUUUUACUCCCAAAAAGAGCAGCGAAAAUCAAAAACCAUAUGUGAGAAUGUAAAUUAGAAUUUCCCAUUAUAAUUUUUCAUCAUUUUUACUUCAGAAAAAGUUCAUCAAAGAGUCAAAAAUCAUAAUUUUUAGAGCGUCAAACUUAGAUUUCACAAAGAAUUAAUCAUUUUUAUCAUUUAUACACCAAGAAAAGUACAUCGAAAAUUCAGAAAUCAUAGGUUUUCAGGGAAGUUAAACUUGAAUUUCACAAAGAUUUCCAGGGCCGAAAACCGUCGUUGGUCUGUGACGAGCGCCGAUUAAUGCAUCAGUACGACACGGGACAAAUCGAUGCCGCCAAGUUCGUCCACGUCCUGAUCAACGGCGACACUUUGCUGUCCCUCCAUGAAGCUUCUCACAUCCCUGACCUCGUUGGACGUGGGGAUUUUCAUCGUUUUUUAUAAGAAAAUGUAGCUCUAAGUCUGAAAUAAGCCUAGAAAAGAGACCCUCAGAGCCUUACCGAGUUAGGAACUCCCGAGUAGGCCCUAUAGGGACAACCUUAAGAGCCCUUGAAGGUUACUCUUUUGGGACCACUUCAUCUCUCUCUAUAGGGGCCACAAAGGCUUGCAAGGGAAUAACCUCGAGUGGAAUAACUUUUGACUGAGGUUGGAACUCUAGAGUAGUCCCUAUAGGGACAACCUUAGGGCUCCUUUAAGGUUACCCUCUUGGGACCACUAAAGCUUACAAAAGUGGCCACUCUAGGGAUCUAUGCUAGUCGUUUAUUGUCAUGAACUCUAGGAGAAGAAGAAUUCCCAUGCGAAAAGCUCAAUAAAAAUUUUCUCCCAAAGGGACCACUUUUGCAAGAUUCAGUGGCCCCUAUAGGAAAAGGUAAAGUCGUCCCAAGCGAGUGACGUUCAAGGGCCCCCUAUAGUGACUACUCUGGAGCUCCUAACUCGUCGAAAAUCAUUCCUCUCAAGACAAUUUUCGAUGAAAAAUAUUAAAUAAAAAAGAAUUGUGAACAAAUGAAAAAAAAAAAUGUUUGAAAACCCCUCUAGGGACCACUGUAGCUUCAAAGGGCUCAGGAUUCAGACCUCAAACCCCUAUAGGGGCCACCUGGAUUUACCUCCAAGAGCUGUUGUUCUCCUAACCCCAGUAGGGACCACUGUGUGUUCCUAAAGAUAUAAAAUAAAAUGUUGAAUAAAGAAUGUUUGCACCUAGGGUAUUCAGGAAAUCUUUUCAACUCUUCAAGGUUUUUUCUAAGUUUUAGCUUUUCCAUAAUGCUUUACAGAGUAUAGAGUUCCUAAACCCUGUAGGGACCACCUAAAUUUUAUCCCUUGAGGAGGCACUUUUUUGUCUCCCCUUUAGGACCUGGUUUCCUCCUAACCCCUAUAGGGACCAUUUUCAUGAUGAAAAUAAAAAGUUGACAAGAAUUUUUUUGCAUCUUUUAGGUUUAUAUUUAUGAGAUAUUUUCAAGUUUUUAUGGUUUUUAGCGAGUACAAAGAUCCUAAACUCCUGUAGGGCCGGUUUUCUCCCAAUCCCUAUAGGGAGCACUCUGGAUCUCGUAAGAUUUUUUAAAGCUUUUUGGUGAAUAUUUUCUGGAAAAAAACAUUUUUCAGAAAGCGCGACAGUGAUCUACGUGCGACGGUCGCCGACCCAGGCGGCCAGCGCCGGUAUUGCUCAUCUUAGAGCCAAUCCGGACGGUUAUCGACCCGAUUUGGCGAUCCCGCCCACUCCCCUCUCCUCCAAAUCGACCUACGCUAGCGAAUGUGAGGAUUGGAAUCAAAAUUUAUCAGAAAUAUUGAAGGAAUUUCAAAAAAUGCACCUUUUCCUAUGCACGCGUUUGUUGUUUUUCUGUGGUUGCUGUGGAUUUUUUUUCCCAUUUUUCCAGAUCACAAAUCUUCGAUGACGUCAUAUGAUACGAUUUCGACGACGUCGGCCGCUUCUGCCCAAACUAGUGCUUCGGGUAAAAAUUUGGGACUUUAGGAAAAAAAAAAUCAUACAUUUCCGUGAGAAAAGAUACGGAAAAAAACGGUUUUUUGAUGAAAAAUUCCUAGCUUGGGACAAAAAAGGGGCGUGGCCUGUCUGCGCCCUCCACUAUUCAGGCACUAUCUAUCUUUAAUUAUCGGGUCAGGACCCUUUUUUCGAUCCCUCAAGUUAGCAGAGAAUCAGCUAUGAUGGAGCUUUAAUAUUAAUCUAAAUGUAAAAGUGACUGCAAGCUCAUUAGAGUGUUAAAAAUAACAAACAUCAGAGUUCUAGAAGGGGCUCCAGAAAGAUCAAACUACAUACAAGAAAGUUGUGAUCGAAAAAAGCGCUUUUUUGUAUCUUUUUUGACAUCAAAUUGAACUUUUGUUCAUCAAAUAAUCAAUUUUUCUACUUUUCCAACAAAUUGUGACUUUUUUGAAGUAAUCUGUAUGUAAUUGAAAAUCUGGCAGGUGGGGGCAUUUUUAGAAUUUUUUUAAAAAGUAGUUGGAGUUGGAAGAAAGUUUGCGAUUUGUAAAUUUAGGUCUCCGCUUUUUUUCGAGUUCAUUUCUGCGUUUAUUUUUUGAUUUUCUCCGAUUUUUGUUGACUUUUAAAGGCUUUCCUAGAUGAGAAUUUUAAAAUUUUUUUGCUGGAAUUUUUCGUAGUGAACAAAUUUGCGAAAGGUCCAACCUAAAAGCUACAACAACUUGGUUAAAGAAUCGAAUUUGACAAAAAAUAUAUAUUAAAAUGCAAAAAUUUCGUUGAAAUGAUAUAAGUAGCAGAAAAAUGAAGCGUAAAAAAGGCUUAAUUUUUGAAAUCCCGUUUCGUGAAUAACGGGGAUUUUUCCAACUUUAGGUACGUUUCAGAAAGAGUUGAAAAAGGUGGAGAAUUUAGGAUUUUCUCACUAAACCCGCUUUAGGUAAGACUUCUAUACUUUUUACUUGUGUUUUUUUGAAAAAGAGAUUUUUAUAGUUACCGCAUAUUUUGAUCUAAUAGAGAAUGAUUUGGAAAAAAGGGCAUAGGAUGAUUAAAAAGAGACGAAAUUGAACGUGUUAAAAGUAAAUUCGGUGGUUUCCAAAUUGACCCGUUUGGUUCCGAAAUCGUAAAAUUGGAAUUUCGAAAGGGUCCCACAACGAAAAACGAUGUCUUUUAUGCUCCAUUUGAAGUUUUCUGUUGAAAAAUUUUCACGUAGUUUCAAAAUUUGGAGCUUCUGUAGGACCUGAUUGGGAAUCCCCCUCUUACUCGACUCCCCGUUAAACUUUAAAUUUUUUUCAAAAAGUUCAGGACACUUCAAAAGUUUGAAAGAACUUUUUUUUUUUGUCAUAACUUACGUAUUUUGAGGACUAUGAAGCUUCAUAACUCGAAAAAAGGGGUAAAAACGUUCCCUAGUAAGAGCUCCUCGGAAUUCCAAUUUCGAGGAAAUCAUUUUGAACGAAUAAUCGCUCUAAAUUACCGAACACGAACCGACUUUCCUGUUCUGCAACAUGCACGCUUUUCCCAUGAUUUUUCCACUCCUCACCAAAUUUUCCCCUGUCCUUUCAGUUUCAACACGGGCUUCUCAGUCGACGAUCGCCUCUGCCAUGACCACCGGCUCCAUCAUUUCCGGAGUUUCCUUCACGCCGAGCACUCAAUCGGCCCCGGCCGUUCUCAAGGAAGAACCCGGUCUUUUUUUUAGUUCUUUUUGUGUUUCUGGCUUUCUUUCCCUUCCUGGUUUGGGCACGAAUUAUUAUUUUUCUUUCAAAAAAUUUUAUAAGACUUCUUAAAAUUGUUAAUGAAAGGAAUUUUAAAAAUUGGUCCUUUACCUAUUUUUCGCUGUGUUUGUGGCUUUGUUUCCUAUCCUAAUUUGGGCACGAAUUAUUAUUUUUCUUGGAGAUCUAAACCUAAGAAAAAUAUAUACAUAUCUUGAAAAAUUUGAUGAAAACACGAUUUUCAAGUUAGUGAAAAAACCUGGUCUUUUUAUAUCAUUUUUUCCUUUUUUGCUGUGUUUGUGGCUUUAUUUCCUAUCCUAAUUUGAGCACGAAUCUGAUUUUAAAAAUUCGAAAAAUGUGUAUGACUUUUUCAGAGUUGUUAAUGGACUUUUGAAAAAUUAUUAUUGGUCCUUUAUUUCCCCUUUUUUUGCUAUGUUUGUGACUUUUCCUCUUCCUGAUUUGGGCAGUAAUCUGGAAAAAAAGACCAAAAUGUUGUCUCUCUUUAAAAUGUAACGCUAUGAGGUGAAAAUAAAGUGGUUUUAAAAGACCGGAAUAUAAAAAUUUGGAUUUUUAGUCUCCAAUAUCAAUAUUUUGCAGAAGACUUCUAGUUUUAUAAUAAAAAAUCUAGAAUUUUCGGUUUCCUAAUGUUUAUCAGAUGCUAGGGAUGACUUGAAAGAUGGUUUUCACCAGAAAUUUCGAAGAUUCACUAUUUUCUGUUCAAAAUAUGACUGAAAACAAUCGAUUGGAUGAAAUUUCGUGAAAGAAUAUUGGGGUUUCCUGAAGUAAGAAAAAGAGAGCUCUGAACAUUUUUUUUCGCUUUUUAAUUGGAUCUAACAGCACUUUUUAUGUAAUAGAAAAACCAUGAUAAAUCGAGUUUUUUUCUUCUUAGUUUCAAAAAGUCUAGAAAAGGGAUUCAGAAAUUUUUCAAAAAUCUAAAUUUUAGCCUCACCCACGACGCCGACACCUCGACCGCCGCCCCCCAAGUCCAUCGGAGAGCAAUUUAUCAUUCCGCCCGAGUUUUACAAGGAUACCUGCAAGCUGUAAGUUGGAAUAACCUCUGGAAACGAAAAAACAUGAUUUUUGUUCCAGUGACACCCAAAUAAGGAACUUGGAGUCAAAUGAAGACACGGAUCGGAUUUUGGAAGCCAUGGACCGGCAUUCGAAGGGAGAAUCGACUUUCAACCGGGGAAGACAGAGAAAUCUGUUCGAAAAGCUGACGCCCGAACAGAGGAGGAUUUCGCCGGCUCAGUAAGAAUUUUCACGAAAAAUUGAAAAAUAUGGCUUCUUUGUUGUUUUUUGUCGAUUUUUCCAGGUCUUGGGGAUUUUAAGAGUCGUGAAGAUUUUAAAGGCGCAUUGGGUUUUAUAAAUAUCUGAAGAGCAUGACGUUAAGAUGAAUUUAAAGGUAUAUAUAACUUUCAUGGAUGAUUUGAAAGUUUAGAAAGGGCUAGGGACACAUUUUAAGGGUUCAUAUACUUUUCACUGGAUAGUUUGGAGUUUUAUAACAUUUAUCAGAUGAAUUUAAAGGAUAAUAGAACUUGCUUAAUGUUUUUUUAAAGAUCCUUGAACUGAAGAAAUAACAACUGGAGACCUUAAAAUGGCACAAAGUUCAAAUGGGGAAAUUUAGACUAGAUCCGUUCGUUUAAAGGCGCAUUACAGUUGCCGACAAAGUUUAAAGAAGGAUUCAAUAGAAACAAUGGAUUAUGAUACUCAAUGCAUCGAAAAAAUUAUUUUAAAGGCACAGAUCAAUCGAAAGGUAAUCUUAAAGGCGCAUGUUUAUUUAAUUAUGAUUUUAAAGGCGCAUACAAACAAACCGAUGUUUUCAUAGGCGCAUGUGAGUUAAGUAAUGAUUUUAAGAACGUAUGUAAACAAAAUGAUGAUUUUAAAGGCGCAUGUCGACUAAAUGACUUUGUCAAAGGUGCAUACAAUUAAAUGAUGAUUUUAAAGGCGCAUAACAACGAAAUGAUGUUAUUAAAGGCGCAUGUCGACUAAAGGAUGGUUUUGAAGGCGUAUAUCAACUAAAUGAUGUUAUUAAAGGCGCACGUUGACUAGAGGAUUGUUUUGAAGGCGCAUAUCAACUAAAUGAUGUUAUUAAAGGCACACGUUGACUAGAGGAUUGUUUUGAAGGCGCAUAUCAACUAAAUGAUGUUAUUGAAGGCGCAUAUCAACUAAAUGAUGUUAUUAAAGGCGCAUAACAAUUAAAUGGUGUUAUUAAAGGCACAUAACAACUAAAUGAUGUUAUUAAAGGCGCAUAACAAUUAAAUGGUGUUAUUAAAGGCGCAUAACAAUUAAAUGAUGAUUUUUAAAGGCGCAUAACAACGAAAUGAUGUUAUUAAAGGCGCAUGUCGACUAAAGGAUGGUUUUGAAGGCGUAUAUCAACUAAAUGAUGUUAUUAAAGGCGCACGUUGACUAGAGGAUUGUUUUUGAAGGCGCAUAUCAACUAAAUGAUGUUAUUAAAGGCACACGUUGACUAGAGGAUUGUUUUUGAAGGCGCAUAUCAACUAAAUGAUGUUAUUGAAGGCGCAUAUCAACUAAAUGAUGUUAUUAAAGGCGCAUAACAAUUAAAUGGUGUUAUUAAAGGCACAUAACAACUAAAUGAUGUUAUUAAAGGCGCAUAACAAUUAAAUGGUGUUAUUAAAGGCGCAUAACAAUUAAAUGAUGAUUUUAAAGGCGCAUAACAACGAAAUGAUGUUAUUAAAGGCGCAUGUCGACUAAAGGAUGGUUUUUGAAGGCGUAUAUCAACUAAAUGAUGUUAUUAAAGGCGCACGUUGACUAGAGGAUUGUUUUGAAGGCGCAUAUCAACUAAAUGAUGUUAUUAAAGGCGCACGUUGACUAGAGGAUUGUUUUGAAGGCGCAUAUCAACUAAAUGAUGUUAUUGAAGGCGCAUAACAAUUAAAUGGUGUUAUUAAAGGCACAUAACAACUAAAUGAUGUUAUUAAAGGCGCAUAACAAUUAAAUGGUGUUAUUAAAGGCGCAUAACAAUUAAAUGAUGAUUUUAAAGGCGCAUAACAACGAAAUGAUGUUAUUAAAGGCGCAUGUCGACUAAAGGAUGGUUUUGAAGGCGUAUAUCAACUAAAUGAUGUUAUUAAAGGCGCACGUUGACUAGAGGAUUGUUUUGAAGGCGCAUAUCAACUAAAUGAUGUUAUUAAAGGCGCACGUUGACUAGAGGAUUGUUUUGAAGGCGCAUAUCAACUAAAUGAUGUUAUUAAAGGCGCAUAACAAUUAAAUGGUGUUAUUAAAGGCACAUAACAACUAAAUGAUGUUAUUAAAGGCGCAUAACAAUUAAAUGGUGUUAUUAAAGGCGCAUAACAAUUAAAUGGUGUUAUUAAAGGCGCAUAACAAUUAAAUGGUGUUAUUAAAGGCGCAUAACAAUUAAAUGAUGAUUUUAAAGGCGCAUAACGACUAAAUGAUGUUAUUAAAGGCGCAUAACAAUUAAAUGGUGUUAUUAAAGGCGCAUAACAAUUAAAUGAUGUUAUUAAAGGCGCAUAACAAUUAAAUGGUGUUAUUAAAGGCGCAUAACAAUUAAAUGAUGAUUUUAAAGGCGCAUAACAACGAAAUGAUGUUAUUAAAGGCGCAUGUCGACUAAAGGAUGGUUUUUGAAGGCGUAUAUCAACUAAAUGAUGUUAUUAAAGGCGCACGUUGACUAGAGGAUUGUUUUUGAAGGCGCAUAUCAACUAAAUGAUGUUAUUAAAGGCGCAUAACAAUUAAAUGGUGUUAUUAAAGGCGCAUAACAAUUAAAUGAUGUUAUUAAAGGCGCACUUUGACUAGAGGAUGCUUUUAAAGGCGCAUAACAACUAAAUUAUGUUAUUAAAGGCGCACAACAAUUAAAUGGUGUUAUUAAAGGCGCAUAACAAUUAAAUGAUGAUUUUAAAGGCGCAUAACGACUAAAUGAUGUUAUUAAAGGCGCAUAACAAUUAAAUGGUGUUAUUAAAGGCGCAUAACAAUUAAAUGAUGAUUUUAACGGCGCAUAACAACGAAAUGAUGUUAUUAAAGGCGCAUGUCGACUAAAGGAUGGUUUUGAAGGCGUAUAUCAACUAAAUGAUGUUAUUAAAGGCGCAUAACAAUUAAAUGGUGUUAUUAAAGGCGCAUAACAAUUAAAUGAUGUUAUUAAAGGCGCACUUUGACUAGAGGAUGCUUUUUAAAGGCGCAUAACAACUAAAUUAUGUUAUUAAAGGCGCACAACAAUUAAAUGGUGUUAUUAAAGGCGCAUAACAAUUAAAUGAUGAUUUUAAAGGCGCAUAACAACUUAAUGAUAAUGAUCAUUUCGCGCCCUCUUUUCUCGUGGCGUGCGGUCGUGUCUCUAUUUGCUCUAGUCGCCUUUUUCCAUGUCGCCAGCGCCUCAGCCUCCUCCUCGUAAACGAGCUGCUCAUGAUGGUUCUACACCUAGGAGUUCCAUACCUCCUAAUUCUCUUGUUCUUCGAGAAGUGGCUGCUCUCAAAUCUCAAGUCCAGUUGAUCAUGAUACAAUUGAAUGAUCUGGCUUCAAAACUCGACGGCCCUCAAACUGAUUCAACUCGUCAUGCUCCUGUGGCUCAGCUUCCUUUGGCUCAUGUUCCUGCCGCCCAAGCCUCUGCUACUCCUCAUCCUCCUGUCGUGAACUCUGCCUCUGGUGAUCAACGUGGUCUCGAUGCUCUCUCUGACCGUGAACUGUGGGCUGCUGUCGCUCGUGCUUCAUCUUCCACCACCUUUUUUUGGAGAAGUCGUUUCGUGCAGUUCUUGAGAAACUUGCUGAUUCCAAAAACGCCCCAACAAGAAAUUGAUGAUUCUAUCCUAGUUAAUAAGGUUUGUUCUCAUCUGAACAUUCCUGCCCCGCUUAGUAUCCAUCGACAUCCAUGUAAUUCUCGUUUUUAGACCGGUUAAAAUCCAAUUUUUCCUCUGUUCAUUCUCGCAAUAUGUUUAUUUUUUUGGUUUCAAAAGAGCCGUUUCUGCGCUUUUUUUCAAAACACCAUUGUACCAUAUUGUCGCGUUCGUCGUGAUAUGAUUCCUCAUGAACUUGUCCUCCUUCGCCGCCUUCGUCAUCGUGUCUUUGUUCUCAAUCAAGACGAAGGCAAAUUGCGGUUUUAUCUCAGAGACCUCACCAUUGUUGAAAGGUCCAAAUGUAUCCCUUUGCCUGUACCUCGCAACACGAACAUUUCUGUUAAUACUAAUUUUACUCCUGUGAACAAUAUUUCUUUUAUUUCUAACCCUGUUAAUGUCAACUUAUCGGCUAAUGUGAAUGAUAUAUCUGAUCCUAAUUCUAUUUAACACUUGUGAAUUAUCAUCAUCUGGUGGGUCAAACCUUGUACAUAAUUUGAAUUCUAACUCUUUUCGCGGUCUUUCGCGCCCUCUCCCCGCGCUAACUCGAUCUGGUCAAAAGUUGUCUUGCCUUUUACGCAAAUAUUCGCUCUAUUAGAUCUCCUCCAAAAAUUAACUUGCUUUUUGACCAUUUAAUUACUAACAAUAUUGAUUUAUGUUUUUUUAUCUGAAACAUUUCUUGAUUCAACAUGUCAUGAUUCUCUUUUUUUAACAAUUUUUUUUUACAGUUUCGUACGGGUAGAUCGGCCUACAAGCUCCUCUCGUUGUGGAGGUGGUGGAAUCAUCAUUUUCUUCAAAAAACACCUGGGAAUCGCAGAAGUGGAUUUAGCCUUGGAUCGUCACUAUCCCGAACAUUUCUGUGAGGUACUUGCCUUUGAUUUUUAUUCACCGUCCAAAUCUAGGUUUUUUUCUUAGCUUACCGUCCUCCUUCCACUUCAAAAAAAUUAUACUAUUAGCUUGUUGAAACAUUUAUCCAAAUUUUUUUACUUCCUUUCAAUAACCAUUUGAUUGGCGAUUUCAACCUUCCAAAAAAAUUGAUUGGUCUUCUCUGACUUCGACUUGCCCUCUUUCUUCAGUCUUUCUCGAUUUUACUAUCACUUCUAACCUUACUCAAUUAGUUCACUCUCCUACUCGUUGCACUUCAAGCACUGCUAACAUUUUGGACUUACUUCUAACAACCAACCCUUCUCUUUUUUCGGAUUUGUCAGUUUCUGAACCACUCUUAGGGUCCGAUCACUUUUCCAUUCUAUUUUCCAUUUCUGUCUGUUCUCCGAUUAACCACACAUCAUCCGUUCGAAAGCUCAAUUUAAAAAAAUGUAAUUUUUCUAGAGUUAACGACUUAAUUUCUUCUUUCAACUGGGAUCGGCAGUUCAGCUAUUUUUCCUCUGUUGAGAGUAAAUUUUCUCAUUUUUUAAAAAUUUUUAAUGAAAUUGUUCGUGAUUCCUGUUCUAGUUUUCUAACUCCCCCCCUCAGUCGUCGCCCAUUCAACCAUGACAAUCGUAUUCGCCGGCUAAAUAUUAAAAGAGCCAGUCUCAUUCGUGCUAAUCUUUUCAAUAAUUCUACUCGCCUCCAAUUCAAUCUACUGUAUAAAAAAAUCAAAGCUUGUGCCUCCUCCAUCUCCCUGGCACAGGAAACUUACAUUGCUAACAAUUUCAACCAUGUUCAACUUUCCAAAUAUAUCUCCAAAAAACUCAAAUGUUGUUCUUCCAUCCCCAACAUUACUUACAACAAUUCCCUUUAUUUCUGAAAGCUCCUCAAAAGCAGAUGUUUUUGCUCAAAUUUUUAGCACAAAUUUUUCUGAUGAAGUUUACGAUUUGAUGCCCAUUUUCCCUUCCCCAAAAGCCACUAACUGCUCUAUUUCGUUCACUCCUGAACUUGUUUAUAAAACUCUGAUAGCUUUACCUCCCAAAUGCGGUUUUUCGCCUGACUUAAUCAAUCAACUUGUUUUAAAAAGGUGCUCUACAUCUAUUUCUAUUCCUCUGUCUAUUCUGUUUAACGAAUCUUUUUAUUCCGGUUUCAUUCCACCCUCCUGGAAAUCUACCACGGUAAUUCCUAUUUUCAAACGUGGAAAAACUUCAGAUCCGUCAAACUACCGCCCUAUAUCCUUGACACAUCCUUUGUCCCGGGUCUUUGAAAGGAUUAUUUGUGAUAUGAUUCGCCGGAGAUUCUCCUCAUUGUUUUCUGAAUCUCAGUUUGGUUUUUUAAACAAACGAUCUUGCAAGCUUAACCUUCUAUCUUGCCUCUCCUCUUGGCAAAAAUCUAUCGCCUCGAAAAAAUUUGUCGAUGUUGUUUAUUUUGACUUUGCCAAGGCUUUUGAUAAGGUAAAUCAUUCUCUGCUUGUUCAUAAGCUCAAGAACUUUGGUCUUGACGAAAACGUUGUUCGAUGGUACAAAAACUUCUUAUCUGAGCGUGUUUCUAAUGUUCUGAUCGAUGGAUCUCGUUCUUCUCUUACUUAUCUCAAUACUUCCGGUGUCCUUCAAGGAACUGUAUCUGGUCCUUUGCUUUUUCUAAUUUUCAUCAAUGAUAUUGUUAACUACAUUGACCAUGAAACCUCAAUCUCUCUGUUCGCUGAUGAUAUAAAAAUUUACAGUUCUAACCCUGAAUCUCUCCAACGUAGUAUUAAUUCCAUAUUUGAAUGGUCUUCCAUUUGGGGCUUGCCUCUUGCUGCGCACAAAACUUUUGCUAUCAACCUUGGUCCCCUCAAUCCCAAAACAACUUAUUUAAUCAAUGGUCUGUCUAUUCCCAGAAAAAAACCAUUAUCCGUGAUCUAGGUGUUCUUAUCGAUGAUAAACUAACUCUCGCUCCUCACAUUAACAAUAUCGUUUCUUUAGCAACCCUUCGUUCCAAUCAGAUACUCAACUGUUUUUCGUUCCAAAUCACCUGAUCUAUUGUUCAAAAAUUUUUUUAACACCUAUGUAAGGCCUAUUCUAGAAUACUGCUCCGAAGUUUUUUUAACCCUCCCUUAACUCUGAUCUCUGCUACAAACUGGAAUCUCCUCUCAGAAUUUUUUUCUCGUAAAAAUUUUUUUAUUAGGUCCAACUUAUCCUUUGAAUCUUACUCUGAUCGCCUUGAACAAUUUGAUAUCUCUCCACUUUACCUCAGACGAGCUAUAUCUGACAUUCUGACCCUUCAUAAAAUUGUCUUCGGUAUCGAUCAUUUUCCCCAGUUCGAACUUUUUUUGCCCUCAGGUCCAAUUUAAGGCGAAAUCCACUUCGACUGCGUUCUCAAAGGUCAGUUUUUCUAAUGAUUUUUUUCUUUAAAAACAAUUCCUACUUGGAACAAACUCACUUCCAAAUUUCAAUUCAGCCACCACCCCAAGUCUUUAAAAAAACUUUACUGGUCAAUCUACCAUUGCACGAGAUCUUCUUGUCUAUUCCUCCACGACUCAAAUGAUGUAUAACUGUAUAAUGUAUUCUCUCAAAUUCUAGAUCCAAGUGAACUCGUUAGGGUUCACGCUGAUCUGUCAAUAAAUUAUUAUUAUUAAUGAUGUUAUUAAAGGCGCACGGUGACUAGAUGAUGAUUUUAAAGAGACAUAUCAAUUGAAUGGCUAUCAUAAAAGGACGUGUCAAGUAAUCAUAUUUUUAAAGGCGCAUGCCCAACGAAAUGGUGAUUUUAAAGGCGCAUGAAAGGUUCCUUUUGAAUUUCAUGCAUGUUUCUUUAAAUUUUUUUUUCGUCUUUGAUCUCAUUUCCAAAACAAAAAUCAAUCUAUCACGCUAAAGUAUAUGUUUUAUACGAGUUAAAUGCAAUUUUUUAAGGAUCUUUGACGAAAAAUAUUAGAAAAUGUCAUUUUCAGACCGUCCGACCGUUGUAGCUCCAUCAGAAUACUGCUCUACGAUUUCGGAUUAGUCGACGAGAAGAUUUUCGGAUCUGAAAUUGUUCUCCUCGAUAAUUCUCAAUGGUUUUUCGAUUUCAAAUCAUGGAAAUUUUACAAAUUUGCCGAAUUUAGCAACGAGUUCUACCGGGAUCUGCACGAAAUUGUCGACUGUUGUCCUUCCAGAAGCAUCCAAACUUCUCAUAUUUUCUACGUGAAGGAAGGGCAAAGAUCCGCCGUUGAUAUACUGGACAAUGCGGUGGGUUUUUGGGGAAAAUAUCGAUUUUUUUCAGAGAAAACAGAGACAGUGGAUUAUGAAAAAAGUUGGAAAGUAUUUUUUUAAUAAUUUCCUGAAAAAUUAAUAAUUUGGAAAUUUAGCUUUCAUGUUCCAGAGAGUCAAUAAAGAAUGAAUUUUGGCGAAAAUGAGGUUUAAAAAGAAGAAAAAAAUAGAAGAUUAUGUGCCGAAAUUUUAGUAGUUUUAUGGUUUUUUUGAAAUUUUUUUCAUAUCGAGAAUUUUUUUAUUUUUUUCAGAGGACUUUUCAGACGUAAAAUGACAAUUUUUUUCGAAUUUUCUAGGUUUGAAGCGAAUUUGAAGAGCUUUACAUGAAUUUUGUACAAUUUUUCGUGCUUGAAAUUGAAUUUUCUAAUGAAAUUUUAUCAGAAUUUGAACUAGAAAAAACUGGAAAAAAAUCAGUUUUUUGAGUGCUUUUUGACAUGAAUCAGCUUUUAUUUUCGAAAAUUCAAAGGAAGAGUUUAAAAAAAAUUUCUGAACGACCCAAAAAUGUCCUUUCAAAGUUGAUUUCGUGACUUUUUUGGUAAGAAAAGGCUUGAUUUAUUGAAAAAAAUUGUUGCCACGAAGUUCGAAAUUCUCUCUGUAUCUCUAAAUUUUAAGUUUUCCCACUAUUUGAAGUUUAUUUUGAGUUUCGAGCCAUUAAUUUGAACACAUCAUUUCAGAUGAAUUCUUGAAAAAAAGAUCGGAAAAAUAUAGUAUUUUUUUUUUUUCAAGAACAACAUUUUUCAGCUGAACAUCCAGAACACGUGUUCCGAUUUCUGCGCUUUCCUGUCGACGCUGGGCGAAGGAGUGGAAGUUGGGGUUCAUGAUUCCUGGACGGGACACUGGUCGACGGCCUAUUCCUCGGAUCGAAGUCAUUUUUCCGUUUCGAAAUCAACUCAAAUACCUCAAAUUUUUGAGAAAAAUAUUUCUUCUAGGCAUCUAUAAUGAACGGAAUCGCUCAAAAUAAGAAAAAAUUAGUUUCAACGUCGAGAGGGUACUGGAAAAAAAAAACUAUAGUGGCCACUUAAAGGCAUAGGGGCAUAGGGGCAGUAAAAAUGAAGUUUCAGGUGAAAGCAGUUUCUUAUACAGUUUUUCUUUGCGAAUCGAAUGGUGUACUCAAAAAAAUUACAGAUGUGACAACUUUAGAAGAAAAACGCGAUUUUACUUUCCCGCCUUUAAUUUUGAAAAAAGCUUUGGAUCGGCCUACGGACAAAUGUUUACAGUAGCCGUGCACGCGAUGUUGCGGACGUCUCAUUAGACUAGCAUUUUGGGAAAAAUAACCGGAUUUCUGCUUCAAAUUAAGGGUUUCUUUUCUGAAAAAUCGAUUAUAAAACAGAAAAAACAUAUUGAUAAUAAAGAAAACACAAAUAAUCGCUAUCCCAAUCGAAACCUGUGUAAAAUCGUCAUUUUUCACCAGAAAAGUUUUUUUGCGAUCAAAGUUUGCAAAUUAUACAUGAAUAGAAAGCUUUUGUGACGGAAAGAACUUUGGUGACAACAGAAAAAAUUGAAAAUUGAAAGAAACGAAGUAAAAAGCGAAAAUCCGGAAGAUGGCGAAGCCUGUUGUCCAUAGAGCAACUUUACUGCAAAGCGCCCUUUUCGCAGGAACUCAAGUUUUCUUCUCUCCGAUUUCGAAUUAUUUUUCCUCUAAAACUAGGAAGUUUGGUACAUUUCCAAGUUCACCGUUCGAUUCGCAUUGAAAAGCUCUACAAAGUACUGCUUUGAACUGAAACACUGUUUUUUACUGCCCCUAUGCCUUUAAGGAGCUCCUAAAGGGUACUUGGAGAGGACACUAAAGUGGUCACUGAAAUCACCUCUAUAAAGGCCACUAUUUCGCUUCUUAGUGGCCGCUGUAGUAGUUUUUAGUAAUAUAGACUUCUAAAGAGGCCGCUCAGCCACUUUAGUGGCCACUAUUCAGACUACUAUAGGGGUCACUAAACAAUUUUUUAAAAAGAAAAAUGAAAGGAAAAAGUCCGAGUUCUCAAAGCUAGAGAGCACUGGUAAACAAGAGGACGAUUAGAGAAAAAAAGAAGCUUUCCCUCUCAUUUUUGAACGCUCUCUAACUUUCAAAGAUCUUACCAAAUUCAACCCGAGCACUUUAGAAACCACCCGAGAGGCUGAAGCAGUAGACCAUUAUAUUCUGGACGGCGUCCAACACUGCCUCUGGUGGUGCGACGGCGGCAGCAGCGAGAUGGCCUUCCUGAUGCCCACCGAAAGAAGUGUCCGCAUUUUCAAACAGAACAUCGCCUCCCAGCCAGCAGCAGUCGACGUGGGUGGCUAUGGAUUAUAAAAAAAGAAUUUUUUUCCAAAAAAAUAAUAGUGUCAUAUAGCCUGUUCAGAUUUUGAAUGUCAAGUGCAAUGACGUCAUCGAAAAACACUCUGUUUAUGGCUCGCUCUCUAAUUGGUUUAUCGUACCAUUAGGGGCGGAGCUUGAGCGACGACUUGACAUUCAAAAUCUGAACAGACUAUACCCUCUUAUUGAAAUGUGAAUUUCUGUUUCGAAAAUUGAAAAUGUCUGAUUUUAAGCCUCAAAAAUUUGGCUAAGGAUACGUAGGAUGUUCGAAAAGCUCUCAAAUUCGAUGGAUUUUGAAGAUUUUUAUUUUCAAAUUUUUUCUGUGUUUUUUACAACCAUAAUGAUAAUUUUUUCUCUAUUUCGAGCGGUUUUUGAGGCCUUUCAGAUGUUUUUUUGAUCUUUUAAGGUUUUUAUUCUCAAAAUUUUGAUUUUUAAAUUGUUUCCUGAAGUUUUUUUGAUUCCGAUUUCGGGUUUUAGUUGCCAGAAAAAUUCUGUAUUUUUGAGCGCUUUUUGAGGAUUUUUCAGAUGGCUUUCGAACUUUGGAGGUCUUUAAUUUCAAAAAGGAUUUUUUUAAGGUUUUUGCGAUUCUAGAGGAUGGCGAGUUUUUUUAAUAUUGCUUUUUGAAGGAUUUUAAUGUAAGAAUUAUGGAGACUUUUUACCUUUAUUCAUAAAAAUUUCCUCCCCCAUCGACGUUUCUGGGGGUUCUAGGGGUAUUGACGAUUCCGCAAUCAAUUUUGAAACUUCUGAGUUUUGAAAUUUUUCGUUUUAACUACUUUUUUUCGUGUUCAAGGGAGAAUCCAUUGUUUUUUUUUUCUAUAUGAAAGGUUUUUAUUUCCAAAAUUCGCUUUAAGAAGUUCUUUGUGAAAUUCUGUUAUUUAGACCUUUUAGCUGUCACUUACAAGGAAAGUUCUCUGUUUUCCAGGCGGCUCCAACAAGACGACGUCGGGAAUUUCCGACGAUCGGUCUUUUGACAGCAUCCAAAGCGAUGGCCUACUCCAUGUCAGCGGAUCGACAAGGCAAAAAGCCGAAAAAUCGCCGUCGAAUUUGAGCGAACGGGACAUUCAUCCCUACAUUGGAGGCGGUUCUAGUAUGGGUGAUUUUUUGGAAUUUUUUCAAUAAUAAUAGGAAUUAUUAGAUAUUCAUUUUGUUCACAUAGAAAAAUAAGUCCUUAAAAAUGGCCCAAAAAAUUUCAGGUGAAAAAAAUAAUAAAUAAAUGAAAAACCCGAAUUUUCAGCCCCCUCGUCAGUACAAAUACUGUAACUAAUUACAAAAAAAUAUUUUUAUCUUUUUUUGAAAUUCACUGUCACAGAAAGUUUUUUUACUAGAAAAAUGCUGGAAAAUAUUUGCCAGAAAAAUUUUUUUAGUGGGUUUUUAGAUUACAGUAAGCAAGUUUGUGUACACCGAUCCUCAAGUUUAAACCGAUUUUUUUCUCAAAAAAAUAAGGAAUUUUGGGCAAUUUUGAGCAAAUUUUUUUGAGGAACGCAAGCUUUUUGAACUAUAUAUAAAAUGGGAAAGUUUUUUGGUGGAAAUUAGAUUACGGUAAGCAAGUUUGUGUACACCGAUUCUUGAGUAAAAACCGAGUUCGUCUCAAAAAACCGGAAUUUUGGGCAAUUUCGAGCACAUUCUUGAGAAACGCAAGCUUUUUGAACUAUAUAGAAAAACAUGAGAAGUUUAACUUGCUGGGUAAAGGCUUUUACGCUCUCAAUUUACACAGUAAAUCAACUUUUCAGGUGGAAAUCAGCCGGUCGGACGGCGUUCCGUUGAACUUCGGGUGAUGAUCGUUUGGUUGGAAAGAGCCGAGGAUAUGAUCAAUUUCCCAUCCGGUUUUUCUCCUUCUCGAUCAAAAAAAUAAUAUAUAUUUGUCCAGCCGAGCUCCUGUCGGCCUGCGACGACGGCAGCGACCUUCUGAAUCAGCAAGGGACGACGCCGACUGCGAAGACGUCGUCCACGUCGACCGCCGAGCCGCCCGCCCAUCACAUCCUCUUCUUGCACCUCGUUGAGCCCGGAAUCGUCCAAGUCCGCACCCGCGGGACUCCCAAUAGGUGCCUUUAGGAGUUUCAGGGGAAAGUAGUGUAGUUUUUGAUAUAGGGGUUUCGUUUUUUGCGUUUUUAGCUUGACAAAAGGUACAGUACUGGCCAUAAAGGUAUUUCAAAGUGGUUAUUCGAGCAUAACUUCUCUGAAAAAUGACUCAAAUGACUUGAAACUUCGCACAGAUUUUAAAUAGCUACGCAGUAACAUUUUUCUCAGAAAAAGAACUUACUUGCUUGAGUCAAACAGGAUUUGAAAGCAAAAAAACCAAAAAUCGUGAAAAAUGAAGAUUUUUUUCUCUAGAGAUUCGAAAAAAAUCAUAUCUUCAAAAGAAACUUCGAUUUUCAAUUAGAAACUUUUUUUCCCCAGUAAAAACAAAUCUUCGACUUUCUAAAAAAACCUAAUCAGCCCCCUAUCAACCCGAUAGCAAGAGCGUAGUGACUUUUUCUUCGAAAGGCCUUUGCGUUUUGACGCCUCGUCAUUCAAAUGGACUAUACGAGGUCAUUUUUGUUUGAGAACACCCUGUAUCAUGUUGAAAAACUUCAAAACCUCCUCAAGAAUAGUUUCACACUGUUUUCCUCAGCUUUCUCACUUUACCCGCUCUUCAGAACUCACUAACUUCUCUGGGACCGAUUUUGAACCUCUGAUUCGAACAGUUUUUCUGGACUUUCGGGCAUUCAAAGGAGUUUUUAUCUGAUCAGUCGCUUUUCAAUCGUGAAAUCGAAAAUAAAUAAUGAAUAAAUUGCAGGCUCCUGCUUUCUAAAGACUGCUAAUUUUUUUGCUGAAGCAUUAGUUUCACAAGACCAAAAACUUAUUUUCCAUAAGAUUUAAAGAAACAUUUUACAGUGCCUAUUUUCUAUCUGAGAGCUAGGAAGAGGAGUUACAAAUUUAUCUCAUGAUCUAAAACAUUUAAAAAUAUGAAAAAAAGGGGUUUUUAUCAUCUUUCACGAGAUUUGGAGCCUUCUAAGCAACACUUGCUUAAACGGAGUUUUGAGAACUUGGAGGAACUCAUUAUAACUCACUAUAUCUUUUGAAUAAGUAAGCGAAACACAGUGAGUCUCCUUUUAUUUUCAUUCAUUAAGGUUUUGGAAAAGCUUUGGAAUCUGAAAUGAGAAAUCGAGAGUGUUCUGAUUUUGAAAAACGAGCAUAACCGCUUCAAAUCAGAGGUUCAAAAUCGGUCCCAGAGAAGUUAGUGAGUUCUGAAGAGCGGGUAAAGUGAGAAAGCUGAGGAAAACAGUGUGAAACUAUUCUUGAGGAGGUUUUGAAGUUUUUCAACAUGAUACAGGGUGUUCUCAAACAAAAAAAUGACCUCGUAUAGUCCAUUUUGAAUGACGAGGCUUCAAAACGCAAAGGCCUUUCGGAGAAAAAAAGUCACUACGCUCAUGCUACCGGGUUGAUAGGGGGCUGAUGAGGUUUUUUUCGGAAAGUCGAAGACUUGUUUUACUGGGGAAAAAAAGUUUCUAAUUGAAAAUCGAAGUUUCUUUGAAGAUAUGAUUUUUUUCGAAUCUCUAAAGUAAAAAUCUUCAUUUUUCACGAUUUUCGGUUUUUUUGCUCUCAAAUCCUGUUUGACUUGAACAAAUGAGUUCUCCUUUUUGAGAAAUAGUUACUGCGUAGCUAUUUAAAAAUCUGUGCGAAGUUUCAAGUCAUUUGAGUCAGUUUCAGAGAAGUUAUGCUCGAAUAACCACUUUGAAAUACCUUUUAUGGCCAGUACUGUAUUUUAAAGCUUCUUCCGAUGUCAGAAACCUAAUUUUUGUAUGAUAGAAAAAUAACGAUUUGAAAGGAUUUCCAUUGGAAAAUAGUGUAGUUUUUAGCUUAGGGGUUUCAUUUUUUUGCAUUUUUAGUACGGAAAAGUGUAUUUCUAGGGUUCUUCUGAUGUUGUGUGAAACUAACUUUCGCAUAUUUAGUCCUGGAAAAAAGGGAUUUUAAAAGGUUGAUAUUGAGGAUUUUUUCUGGUUUCUUAUGAACCUAAUGUUGUUUAAUUAGCUCUAGAAAUAAGGGAUUUCAAAAUUUUGGAUAUUUGAGAAUUCUCUGGUUUUUCUGGACCCAGUUUCUGCGAUUUGAGCUCUGGAAAAUGGAUUUUUCAGAGUUUGAAGUUAAGAAUUUUCCAGGUGUAGAGAUUUUUUUCCAUGGUGUAGAAAAAGUAAUUUUAAAAAUGCUUUGAAAUUAGUGAAAAAAAGCUGUUUUGAUCAUUAAACUUGGCGUAAACCGCUUAUGGUCGGGCGCAACUGUUAAUCAGACAAGUAGUUAAUGUUUACUAUUAAAGAACACUUUUUUUGAAGUUUCACGAAAUAAUUCUUUAGGAAACUCAAUCUUGCUAAUUUCAGUAUGAUAGAGGCGAUUUCAAAAAGGAAUAUUUCAAAUUUUUUUCGAUCUUAAAAACCCGGCGUAAACCGCUGAUGGUCGGGCGCAAAUGAUAAUUAGAACAGUAGUUGAUAUGUAUUAUUAAAAAAAUAACUCUUCAAAGUUCACGAGCCAUCUUGACAGAUUCGGUGAGCCCGGGCCGCUUCUCGACGGAAUGGUGACGUCAUUAUCGAGCCUCGCCUCGUUCGUCCGGUGCACCCUCCUGAACAUUGGUCGCCGGGGUGUCGCUGAGAUUGACAAGUGGGUUUUGAAAGUUUAGAGGCUGAAAAACCGCCCCUAUAGGGCCCGAAAAAGGGUCACUAUAGGAGUGUAGGUGGUUCAUAGAGGGGUUUAGGGGCUGGAGUGGUCCCUAUAGGGCUCUAGGGGCUGGAGUGGUCCCUAUAGCGAUUAGGGAAAAACAGCAUCUAUAGGGGACUAAAAAGGGGUGCCUAUAGGGGUUAGGGAAAACAGCCCUUAUAGGGGACGAAAAGUGGUCCCUUUAGGGGUGUGAGGUCUGACCCCUUCGCACCUCAAGAUCAAGUGGUCCCUUCAGGGGUCUUUCAAUUUUUCAUUUAAGACUCAAGAGGAAAAAGUCAAAUUUAAUCCAUUUGUCCUAUGUUAAUGUUUUUGCAUUCUUUAGUGGCCCCUAAAGGGGUUAGUAAAGUAGUCCCUCGAGGGGAGCUUCCAAGGGCCUCGAAGAUAAUCUCUAUAGGGACCGCUCUGAAGUUCCUAAAGAGCAGAAAGUUUUAUUGAAAAAUAAUUUUUUGUGUUGAAAAGGCCCUCCUUUGUCUAAUAUUUUUUUGAAAUACCUAGAAGAUACAUUGAAAGCAUUGUAGCUCAUUUUUUUUAGCUCCUAAUCACCUGGAAAAUAGCUAAAACAAAUUUUUUUCAGCUACCAAUUCCCGCACACGAAAAGAAAGCAGUCGAUCGUUGAAUUUGGCAAAAAAUACGCGGCCAACAUUUCCUACGAGGAGUUCCUAAUGCGACUAAUUAAGAGCUAA